GAAAGGCAUCCCAGCAGGUAAAACGUGAACACGCACGCUGAAGAAAAGGCUUUAGGCGGAUUCUAAAUACUUGACUGAACCUUCGCGCCCUGAAUGGGGCAGCGGGGCUCCACACAACCCGAGGCCCGGGUUCUCAUCCUUGGUCUUGACAACGCCGGCAAGUCGACAAUCUUGUACAAACUGAAACACAACAAGUUCGUCGGCACGGUUCCCACCGUCGGCUUCAAUGUGGAAAUGUUCGACGUAAGGAGGAACAAGAAAAAAUUCGCUCUUACGGUGUGGGACGUGGGCGGCCAGGCGGAAAUGCGACGGCACUGGCGUAGCUACCACCAGGACACGCUGUGCGUCGUCUUCGUAGUGGACAGCGCGGACCGCAGCCGGAUGCCAGAGGCGAAGCGCGAGGUGGAGAACACCCUGAAGAGCGUGCAGCUUCGCGGGUGUCCUUUCGUCAUUCUUGCCAACAAGCAGGACGUGGACGGCGCCAUGACCGUGAGUGAAAUCAGAGACAGCUUCGACCUGAGGAGGAUUUGCGCAGACAGGGACUGGUUCGUCCAGCCCUGCUCCGCAUCCACUGGCUUCGGCCUGGAAGAGGCUCUCAGGAAAAUCAGCCACAUGGUCAAACUCCCGUCGGAAUCCGCUGCCACGGUCAAGGAGAACUUUAAGGACACAAUGAAUUACAUAAAAGCCAAGUCUUCUAGGCAUUGAGAGUGGAUUUGGAUUUAUUUCCUCCUAGAAAUAACCCAAACCUGUCAUUAAAACUGACAUGGUUGUGGUUUUUAAUAGUUCAUGAUACAGCUGUUCGGAAAAGAGGACAAUAAUAUUGAUUUCAUAAUUAAAUUUUUACACAAUUUUCAAAACUCAGGUUUUAAUAUAAAUUUUUAGUAGCCUACUGAACUAUAAAUUGGCCGUCAUUUUGAAUUGUUCGGAGGAUAUUUUUUUGUGAUGAAAAUAUGCAAUUAUUGUACACUAUAUAAAUUGACUGUUUAGAAACUUUUAAUAUUGAGAUCACACACGUGGAGAGGUGGGUAAAGUAGCCAAAAAUGACUCAAGUAAGUAGUUUUACUUCUAAAUAAUAUUAUUCAAGUAAAAGUCAUCCAAAAAUUUACUCGAGUACAAGUAUUCGUUGAAAAGAAUACUCAAAUAAUGAGUAACAUUGUAACUGCGUAUAAUGUCUGAUUUUUUUUUUUUUUUUUUUUUAGUUUUUUUUCUCAGCACAACUUAACGAUCUGUUAUUAUUGUACUGUAAUAUAAUCUAUUACAUAACCAUAUAAAGCCAAACAUCAUCCAUUUCAGACCAGAACAACACUAUGACGCACUACCUGUUCAAAGAGCAUGAGUGCCCUCUAAUGGAGAACAAACAUUUUUACCUCUGAUUGGUACAAUGGAGUCACGCGUUUAUUAUUGCGAUUUUUCAUUGGUGAAACUAAGACAGCCACUGUCAGCAUCCCAGCAAAAAAAAAAAAAAAGAAGUCAAAAUGUUUAAUAGGAAAAAUGUCACGACUCUGGUGAAGCCCACAGUAGCGGAGUAUUGUUUUUCACAAAUCUACUCAAGUAAAAAGUAUAGCGGGGUAAAAUUACUCUAAGUACAGUACAUUUUUCUCAAAAAGUUACUCAAGUAAAUGUAACAGUAAAUGUGAUGCGUUACUACCCACUUCUGCACACAUGCAGGUUUGCAAAGCGAUUCAGAUCACAAAGAAUGCUGAACUAUUUGACCGAAGCUGGUGGGGACUAUCCCUUGCUCGAGGGCAUCUCAACAGCCAGCAAGGAGACUCACACUUCUACAGCUCAUAGCCAUUCGAACAUUUCUAUAGCAAGCUAAUUGUGUCCUCAGACUCAAAACCUUACAUGACUAGAGACUGAGCUACGAUUUUGUCAGAAAUUUUAUUCAAAUUGUGGCAACAAGUCAAUCCGAAAAUGUGAAACUAAAAAUGGACUGUCAUUUUGAAGUAUUGUAAACCUAUGUUCAACACUUACAUCCUAUAAGAUGGUGGAUCUUAGUGUAGUGAAUACAUUAUGUUAGGUUGGCAACUUUAAAAAGUUGGUAUUUCAAUUAUGGCAGUUUCAAAAAUCAUGUCUUUCUACCAGGGUAAAAGGGGGUAUUAGUUAUUGAAUAUUAAACCUACAAUCAACACUUUUGUUCUUUACAUUGAUAUAUUAGUUUAUUUAACUGUAAAUACAUUUCAUUAUUGCAACAAAAAUAUUUUGUGUUUCUAUUUAAUUUACCACACUGUAACUUCCAUACUAUACGACAGGUGGACCAAACAACAAGCUGCCAUUACAUUGAGUGGCUGUAAUAAGUCACCACUUGACUGUAACGUGAUCCUUGUAAUGCUGCAAGACACUGCAGGCAAACAGUUCAUUACAACAAUUCCUAAAAUGAAACUUAAAUGGACCAACAGUAUAUGCCAAGUGCAGUUUUGUUAGCUAGCAUAAUGUAUUAUUUUUUUCUAUACGUUUGCAUGAUUUUGUCAUUUUACUUAAAAACACAGUUAAGAAUGACACAUUAAAGCAAAUAAAACAGGCCUGCUCCAUCUAGUUGAUAGUUUGAAUGCAUAUAUUUGCCGUACAAACCAUGUUUGCUAUAAUAAAUUGUCAC